AUGGCAUCCAAUACCGAAGUUAAGGAUGGAGCCCGCGUCUUGAUCAUCGGAGCUGGUGUGACUGGACUCGCCAUAGCGCAUGGAUUACAGAAGGCAAACAUACCCUAUGCAAUUUUCGAUCACGAACCCAAUGCCUCUUGUCGCCCUCGAGAAUGGACGAUGGGACUGCAUUGGUCCUUACCCUUCCUCGAGUCACUGCUUCCUAAUGAUCUAUUCUCGAGGAUUCAAGAGGCAUAUGUUGAUCCUUCCUUGGAUUGGGAACAGCCUCCACUAAACUUUAUGCGCAUGUACAAUGGCCUGAAUGGAGAGAUCAUGAGAGAAUUCCCUGUCAAAGGGAAAAUCGUUCGAGUGUCAAGAAGGAAGCUGAGGGCACUAGUAGCCGAGGGCAUAGACGUGAAGUACAACCACUCUCUGACUGAUGUUCAAUACAACAACGAUAAUACGGUAACUGCAACUUUUGCCAAUGGAGCUGCGGAAACAGGAUCGCUGGUCGUCGGUGCAGAUGGACCACGCUCUGCUGUACGCAAACUCCUCUUCAGCGAAGCAGAUGCCGCUGUCAAGCCGCUGGAAAAUGUCAUACAUACUAACGUUACCUUUCGACCUGGAGACAAGGAAAAGGCUUUGUUUCUGAGGUCACAACAUCCAGCAUGGAGCGUAUGCUUACACCCAGACCUGUUCUGUUUGCUGUCCAUACUACAGAGUGAUUCUCAGGAUCCUUCUACCUGGUCCUUCCAGCUAAUCUCUGGCUGGCUGGGCUCUCGAACCUCUUUCUCUGACCCUUCCUCUCGCCUUGCAGAGCUCAAACGUAGAGGCAAUCUCCUCUGUGAGCCAUUCAAAUCUGCCUAUGACUGUUUAGGAAACGAAUUAGACGUCAGAUUCGAAGAACUGAAUCUGUGGGAAACCAAAGAAUGGGAUUGCAGAGACGGACGAGUCGUCCUAGCUGGCGACGCUGCACAUGCUAUGCCACCUCAUCGUGGACAAGGCCUCAAUCACGCAAUCCAAGAUGCAUACAAUCUCGUCAACAUCUUGAUUAACCACCACAAGACUUCUUCAUCUGCCACUUCCAACCUGGCGUCACAACUGCAAUCUUAUGCUCAAGAAGUCAGUGUUCGUGGUGCAGAGGAAGUCAGAUUGUCAAAGCAGAAUGCGUAUAUGGUUUUGGAUUGGAAAGUGCUUGAGCAGAGUCCAGUCUUCAAGCACGCGCUGGACAGAAGUCCUGUUGAUGAUACGAAACGUGCAGAAAGUGAAAAUCAGGAGGAAGAGAAGGAAGUUACACGGGAGGUUACUGCCACGGCUGGUGCAUAG